CUUACGUAAUUGUAUUCACAAACAGCAGUUUGAUUGAAAAUGUUCAAUGGGUAUAAUCUGAAGAAGUUGUGCGAUCACAGUGACGAACAGCAAGAAAUAGAAGCAGGGCUAACCAUGAACCCGACGCAGUAUAAUGAUGCCAUAGACGAGGCAAUCUAUGGCUCCGACGAGUUCCGCAUGUUCGCCUACAAGAUCAAGCGAUGUCCGAGGAUGCGCAGCCACGACUGGACCGAAUGCCCUUACGCGCACCGUGGCGAGAAAGCGCAGCGCCGUGACCCCCGCAAACUCAGCUACUGCGCCGUCGCAUGCCCCGCCUUCCGCAACGGCAGAUGCUACCGCGGUGAAACCUGCGACUUCGCGCACGGCGUGUUCGAGUACUGGCUGCACCCGGCUCGAUACCGCACUCGCGCAUGCAAUGCAGGCAGGUUCUGCCAGCGGAAGGUGUGUUUCUUCGCACACACGCCCCAGCAGCUGAGGUCGGAGACCAAGUACAAGUGCCAGGUGACGUACAGGGGGAGAAUGUACGGCGGAGAUGAGGUGAUAAGGCGGCCAGUGCAGGUGGGUUCUUCGCAGGGGAGAAUGCUGAUGAGCCGAGCACCGGGGCCAGUGAAGAUGCCGAUGAAGGAGGAGGUUCCAGGCGACUUCUUGAGGAGCUUGAGCGGACUGAAGAUCAAAGAGAAGGGGAGUUCAGAUGGAUCGGAUUUAGACUUGAGCCACCUUGAGUGGAUUUCUAAGCUGCUGGAUUGA